CGCAGGGCCAGCCGCACUCCCAUGCAGCAGCUUGUUGUGCGGAUUGGAUUCGAGCAAUCAACUGGCGACAAAGGCCGUUCUAUUUGGACACUGUGCACUUCGACACAUUUCACCACCGUGAUAUUUUCCUAUCCCCCCAUUCCGCCCCAAAAAAACCAGAUCUAGGAAGGGAAUAUCUACAUAGGACGAAGCAUCCCAUUGACCCGUGGUCUAGUGCUAGUCAAAGAGCAGCACUUCAUUAACCCUGCUCAACGACGACCCGCUGCCGCAGAAGUCGUGAAGAAACCCGAGCCGACCCGCUGAGCCCGACCAACCAACCAAGGAAGUCGACAUCACUUUUACAGACAAGGUUCUGUUUGACCAGGCGGGCAAUCGCGGAAGAAAAAAACUCGAGGGACGCACGACGAUACACACAAAUCGAGUCGCUUCUCGAGACGCAUACCGAACCCAAAGAAUCAACGAGAACAACUCAACGGCUUUAGCGAUCACUUUGACAAUUAUCGCCUUUCGCCAACCUAGUCAGUCUUCGCAACGGAUGAUGGCUGCUGAGGCCACCCAGUCGAAUCCCGUCGAUGCUGCCAAAACCUCCACCGAGCCUAUCAUUACCAUAAGCGCAGACUCUCAAGAUGUCGACGCGAAGCAGCCGCUCGUGAAUGGCUCUGGCCCCCCGUUUACUGACGAAAUCGAAAACAAGCAUCUUUCCGAUACCGUUGAUAAUCUGGUGAAUUCGACAGAGGUUAGUGUCAGUGGGGGCUCGGAUACCGAGGCGGGGAAGGACGAUGGAUCAAAAUAUGACGGCAAGGGCCACACGAGGACAUCCUCCACGGUCAAGAAACCGACUUCGUUCAAGUCUGUAUCCGUAAACAAGACCUUUCUGGGCAGCAAGGCGCAGAGCUCAGGGACCACUACACCAAAGAACUUGGAGAAAGCGAGCUCCACGCCUGCGGCAUCCGGUACACCGGGCGCAGGCACUUCUGCUGUGGCUCGACCCCGGUUGGUGGCAAAGCUCGGUACCACAUCACGAGAUGGAAGUAAGGCGUCUGGAGGCGCAGGCGGGAAGCCGGCUGGCGCACCAGAUCCAAGUACGGUCUGGACCAAAAAUCGACCUCCCCCACCUGUUGAACCUAAGAAGCUCACCGAUGAGGAGCUGAAGAAGUAUGGAAUCCAUAUGACAGCAAGAUUGGCGCCCGAAGACACCAACGCCGCAAACAACUGGGCCGACGUUGAUGACGACGAUGACGACUGGAUUCCCAGCGAAAUCCAGUGGAACGAUGGCACCAAGGUGACGAUACCUACAGUUGACGAGACGACCACAGUGCCCUCUGCCCCAGCAGCCUCGGAGCCGGUGCCGGAGCCGGCGCCGGCGCCGACACCAUCAGCACCACUGGCCAAGGAUCCUAAGCUUUCAGAAAAGCCAAAGUCUCCCGCGCCCGCCCAGAUGUCAUCCGGAAAGGCAAUCCUUGGGGGUGGUAAAGGUUUGGUUCUUAAGGGCGCACCCGAGAAACCGACCCUGGUAGCCAGACCACCUGCUCCGCCAGCACCCGUCAAGUCCCCAUGGGCUACUCUGCCCCCAGUAAACAAAUCCUCUCCGGUACUACUUGACACCUCGGCGCCUCAGGUGCCCGGACGAAAUCAACCCCGAGAAACGCCAUCAUCUAUGCGAGGGGUUAGUCCGCCAGCGGCCAAGGAGAUUGCUGCGGAUGAUUUCAGCCGAUCCAACGGCCCUGUUAACCCUAACCGAGAACUUUUCAACUCGCAGUCCGGUAGAUAUGAGCCAGUCACGGAACGACGUGGACCAGGAAGGCUCGAUCCACAUCAAAGGCACCCUCCAGCAGUGUUGCAGCGACCACCGCACGGAGACGGCCCGCCAGGACCUUCGCCAGCUUUCCAGUCGAAUCGCGGUGAUCAGGAGGCUCCUUAUGGCCGCCGACGUGGAUCUUCCAAUGUUAGUGGGGGCAGUGGCUCUCUAUUCCAACGAGGCGCAAAACCACACGAUCAGGGAUUACCUCCCCAGGACCUUCUCCACGGUCGACGAACUUCUUUUACAGGGGACAGCCCGGUGUCACCCUCCGGAAUGCGUCAAGGGCACGGUCCGGUGUGGCAACCGAGGACUUCACCAUACGCAUCUAACGCUGCGCCAUUUUCAAACGCCGCACCACACGAUCGACAGAACGUGCCGCCCAUGAACCAGGCACCCCCUCAGGGACCAACAGUCGAUGACUAUGAGCUGCAGAAGAAGCUCAUGGCCGAAAAGCUUCAGGCGGCUCGGCAGCGUAAGGCAGAGGAAGAAGCGAAGGCUGAAGCAGAGAAGCAAAAGAGAAUCGCGGCCAAGCUUGCAGCCCUUGGCCCGGCACCUGAGCGGAAAAGCGCAAAGCAAGCGGCCGCAAAGGAAGCGACUGUUGCUACCAAGACUUCGGCUCCUGUCUCGAGCGAGACCGCAGUCACUCAGGCUUCACAAAAGCAGGAAACGACGGACAGCAGCCCUAGCGAGACAAAGACACCGGUGGCAGGGCAGGGCGGAGAGACGAAAUCAUCACCGGCUCCGGCUGAAAAGGAAAUUCGACCCGCGGGUGUGCACACGAGGCAUGAGCCUGUACCAAAUUCAGGAUCAAACCCAACUCAGCUGCAGGAUGGGAAAGCGGCCCCGCCCUGGCAAGGACCACCUCCUGCGCAGCCUAGUCGUUUCUCAUGGGGACCGACGGGCGGACAGCCAGUUGUGCAGAAUGUUUGGGGGGCACCCAACAAUAACAGGAGCCUCGGCAAUGGAACAUUUAAUGCUGAUCUGGGCCGCCUACCGGAUGGAUUCCCGCCUAAUAUGCCACAGAUUAGUGGCACUUCAACUGCAGGACCAGGCCCUAUCGGGCCACCCAACGGUGCCAAGGCCCAGCCUGCCCAUAUCCCUAAACCAAUUGCGCCCCCAUCUGCGGCGGCUGCAGGCCUUCCACGCGGAUCCAACUCGGACGAUGACGAUACGCGAUCACGCUGGGCCAUGGCUUCCAAGGCAAGUGACGAUAGAAUGACCAACGAAACGCGAGAGAGAAUGAUGCAGCAACAAUCGGAAUUGGAGGCUCGAGGGGCAUCGGUCGACGAAACUCGUCCAGCAUAUCACGACUCUUGGAAGCCCGUCAAGUUUGACAGCGAUGGCAGGCGAAUUGAGACCAAGGACCGCAUUCAAGUUGUUCAUGGUGCCUCGUGGAAGCCCUCUGCCACGGAUGAACGUACUGCCAAGGCGGUAGUGUCGCCUUCUGGGCCGGCGUCUACUGCCUCGCCGCAAAGCCGAACCUCACGGUUCUUCCCUGUCAAGACCGAUGGCGGUCGUCCGGAAGAUAUGAACCGCCACCGUUCACCCUCACCACCACCCCCUGAUAUGGAUGGCCAUCCGGCCUUUGACGGAGACGCGACACAUCCGCAUGUUGCCCUACCGCCUUCCCGCCCUGUAGUGAGAUUGCCACCUUCAAUGGGCAGACAAGUCGCAGCAUCCAAUGCUACAGCAGGAUCAGCUGCUCCCGCGUCUGCUUCUUUCAACUGGGCAACCCCGAGGCCGUUUCAAGAGAGCCAGCCUCGUGGACCCCCAGCAUCCUCAGUGGCGCAGCAAUCGGCAUCAUCCAAGUGGCAAAGCAGAAUCAACGACCUCCUUCAUGAUAGCAAGACAUCUUCCCAGACUGGCAGGAUGGCGAUAGACUCAACUAGUCGCCGGGCUAUGGAUUCUACAGCCUCGCAGGCACAGGCAACAGUAUCUCUCCCCGGUUCUGCAGGCGUGGACAUGACGGCAAGUGGCUCUCCGACUUCAAAAGUGAUGGCGGAGGAAUGUUUUGAGGAGCAAGAAAUGGGCUCAUUGCCGGCGAUUCGCAUUCCAACCUCGGUGCCAGAUGCGGCUUGGAACCCUUCGCCUGCCCCAGCCCGUUCGACGCCUAAGCGGAUGUGGAUCUCGCCAACUACCGCUGAGGUCUUGGAGGAAAACCCCCAAAGCUUUGCCUUUGUUUGCCUUCAGGGAAUGACGUCGAGGAAGCGCGUGCACUUGCCAACAGCUCGCUCUUACAGUACUUCUUCGAGGUCUGGUCAUAACAACAAUAGCAGCAGCAGCAGCAGUUCGCGAGGCUCACGGGGCUCGGGGCCACGAACACAUACUGGGCGCGGAGGAAAUGGCAAUGGCAACACUCCUAGGUCCAGAGAGUCAUCGACACCUUAUUCCAACGACGCGUCGCAGCAAUCUCCAAGCUCUAGCUCAGGUUCCCUGCCCACAGCGUCGUCUGGUCGUGGCAGAGGAUCGUAUAGACGCCCUGCUGACUGGGGUUCUCGUCGUACUUCGACACCACUGCAAACUUAA